UCGAACCAUUCCUCCUCCAAGCUUUAUCGUGCAUUAUCCUGCCCAAAAAGAAUCGAAAACGCCACACCUACUCUACACUGCCCCCAACUCGCCGUACUGUAUUUUUAUCCACGGACCACAUGGCAGAAACGGGAAACCGCGCUGCCCACCUUCCCCGCGAACCACCCGCCGCGCUCCCCGUUUCGCACCACCCCCACUCCGAUCCACAAGUCCACAGAGCUCAGCUCAGCUCCCUAUAAAUCACACGGCUGGCCACGGCCACGCCACCACCACUCCACUCCAUCUCACCACAAGACCACCACCACUCCAUUCAUUCGGCCGGAACCGGGAGGUCGUGAUGGCAGACGCCGCCGCUCCGGGCGCGAGAGGCGGCCCGUCGUCGUCGUCGUCGGGGUGCCGCGGCGGGCGCGGGUGCGGGCUGGCGCUGGGGCGGCUGGUGCGGAAGCUGCGGCGGCAGAGCCGGAUGCUGGUGUGCACGGCGGGGGCGCGCCACGGCCACGGCCACGCCGCGUCGUCGUCGUCGUCCGCGCGGUGCCACCAGUACGACCCGCUCAGCUACGCGCGCAACUUCGACCUGGGCACGGCGCUGGACGGCAGCGAGGGCUACUACUCCUUCGCCUCCCGGUUCGUGCUCGCCGCCGCCCCCCGCGCGGCGGCCGCAGUAGAAACAAGCCGGCGAGGCCAGAUCGAGGCUUGGUAGCUGGAGCCGCGAGUACUGCUAGCUCAUUAGCCCUGCCAUUGGCGUUAGCUGGUAGCUAGCUAGAGGUUCAGUUCGUUAGGUGCAGUGUCUUCUGUACGGCCUUGUAGGAGCUCGUGGAUGUGUUUAUACGAGAUGGAGAUGUGGUGGCGGCUGUAAAAGAGUUUCCCCGGCAGGCAUCCUUGACUCUCCUUUCACUUGGGUUCGGGGAGGGAGGGAGUCCGAGGAGGAAUCAGCCAAGAGGAAAUGUUCUGAAGAUCACAGUGAAACUGAACAAGAUGCCUUAAUGGUUCAUCUGCAACUUCUUUUUUUCUCA